AUGACCUCGUCGAAUGAGGUGACGCGGACUUCCGCGUCGGACUCGAAGCCGUCCUGGAGCGCGGAGACCGUCGAUUGGCCGGCUGAGGCUCAGGCACCAGGCUCUCUCCUGGGCUUUCAUUUAACUUCCAGUUUGAUCACAAAUCACCCCCCUUUCACGCGGAAGCUUCAACCGUUCAAGAUGGUCCAAGGUGCCGCCCAGGAGCUUUCACCCGAUAUGGGACUCCACGACAGCCUCAACUUGCUCCGGGACAUUAAUCUGAGGGAAGUCAUGAGCCGCGAGCAAGAACUCGACUUCCGGACGCGCCUUCAUGCUGAAGUGGCUCUUCGCCUGGGCGCAUCACCUCCCGUAAAGGUGGACAUGCUGAACUCGCUCUCGUGGCUCAAUAUGUCGGCUUUCUACCUUGACGAAUCCGUGGCACGACUCCAGGAGGCCAUCGACUAUGCGAGGCUGGCGCAUGCCGAACUCCAGGUUGGGCCCGAGAACAAGCAUCAGCUCACUAGGGCGUAUGAAAACCUAGGUCAUGCGCUGUCUGCCAAGUCGCAGCUGCAGAACGACCCGCAAGCUCUCGAUGAGGCCAUAUCCUGCGCCAGAGAGGUGGUGCGCCUGGUUGAGGACGAAGAAAGGAAGGCGUCGGCUUCCGUGAAUUUGGCUACCCGCCUGCAUCUGCGGUAUAGGAAGAAGCACCAAGACUGCGACGGGACGGAAGCGCUUCGAAUUCUGGCAGAGAGUUCGGAAGUUCUCCGUCCGGGCAGCGCUAGGCACGCAAGCGUGCUAUUUGUCCGAGGAGAUAUUGGCUUUGAAAUGUACAAGCACCACGGCGAUCUAGAGAUCCUCGACCGGGCUAUCGCCAACUUUGAACAAGCCCUUAGUUUGGACCCUGCGAAGACAGCCGACGUCUCCGCACUCCGAAGCGCGGCCAAGUAUUUUGGCAUGGCUGUCACGGAUGCCCCCGACCACCCACUCAAGAUGGACUUCAUCUUCGCCCAGCUCAGCCUCCUCGGGAGGCUCGCCGAGGCGGAGCAGUCGUUGUCGGGAGUCGAGGCGGCCCUGGACCAAGCGCAGUCUCUCUUCGCCCAGAUCCCACGGCGACAUGAGAAGUGGAACCACGGUUCGCAAUACGUCAGCUUCAUCAUGGCCGGCAGGUACAUGCUCACGCGGGAUCCGGUUCACUUGAAGGCGCUGGUCGGCCACGUGCUGGAGAAUGGCAAGAUAUGGAACACCGAAUGGGGAUGGACUGGGGCGCGCGUGCAUCUUGCUCCUGCUGAGGCGUUGCAGACAUGUCUUGACGCGCUUAGCCAACAGCCGCACAGGGGGGCCACCGCGACUGCUACUGCGGAUACGAUCUACGGCUUUUUUGCGCCGGCUUAUAAGGCUUCUGGACCUACGAAAGCCGCACUCAAUCUGUACUGCGAGCAUGGCCCGGCCUUGGAGCGGCUUUGUCGGCCUCAUGUUCACACGACCAGUCUACCGGCCGCGGAGAAGAGAGAAAAAGUGACAGGUACAGAGGAGGUGACCACAAAGAAAGACUUGAGCAUUCGCCGGCGCCCGCAAGAGGGCGGCUCGGGUCAGUUUCAGGACCGCUACCGCGAUCCACUCACCGGCCUCCGCUACCUGGCCCCGUCGGCUUCGGGAAGGGUCAUCGUGUCGGUAGAGCCCGUGGUGCGGGACAUUAUGGGUUACCAGGAGGGCGAUCCCGAGCCGCCGACGGUCGCCGAGUUCCUGGCCCGAGAAGCGAGGCUGGAGGCGGAGGCGCUGCAGCGCGAGAGAGAGAACAGAAGAAUCCAAAUCCCGCUCUGUGCCGCGCAGAAAGAUGGCACCAUUGCUUGGAACCCAAACCUUUGGUUGCCGUGGGGAUCCUGGGACCAACUGCGUGGCCGGAGUCACUGCGCUAUCUGCCGCCUGAUCCUGUCCCUCCUGACUGCCAGCAGCCCGGGGGGUGAGCAGACCCUUCAUCCCCGACUUGCUCGGAUCGACCCAGAGAUUCAAGGGGUUGAGCUCGAACUGCAGAGGCUGGCCACUGGCGAGCUCGUGCUCGGCGUGCUGUAUGGCUUUGUGGCAGUGGGCGGCCUGAGGAUUGUAACUGAGGCCAACCGACAAUACGCGAUACGGGAUGGCGGCGGCGAAGCUGUCCUGUCGGAGGCGCGAGCCUGGCUGGAGACCUGCAAGCUGUUUCACGGUCCUUGUUGCAGCAGCUUUCUGAGCGAAAAACGCUGUGCGAGCCCAAUCCCGCUUCUCUUUGUUGACGUCGUCGACCACUGCCUUGUCAGUGCCACGUCGGCGGAGAAGUACUUCACUCUGAGCUACGUCUGGGGCGGUCCACAGACAUCUGCGACCACCAGGAGCAACGUUGAAGAGCGGUACCGGAGCGGCUUUCUGGCGGAUGGCCGAUGCGCCCUUCCCAGGACCAUCCGAGACGCCAUGGUCCUGGUCCGGCGCCUGGGCGGACGCUACCUUUGGGUUGACUCUCUGUGCAUCGUGCAGGACGACGCCGAGCACAAGCACCGGGACAUUCAUCGAAUGGACAUUGUGUACAUGAUGGCCUUUGCCACUAUUGUCGCCGCCCACGGACAGGAUGCAGAUGCCGGAUUGCCUGGAGUUCGACCGAGAACCAGAAACGCACAGAUUACAAGCUCCGUCUCCAUCCCAGCGUCGUUAUCUUCGAAGUCAGACUCCCAAACUUUGCUCUUGACCACGACGGCUUCCCCGCUCCCUCUGGUCCUCGAAUCUUCCGUUUGGGAGUCUCGCGGAUGGGUCUUACAAGAGCAGCUGCUUUCCCGCCGAUGCAUCUACUUCACCUCGGACUGGAUCUACUUCCAGUGUGGGCGCAAGACAGUCUCCGAAACGGCAUCGGACGGCGCGGUCGCUGCUCGGUAUCGGAGAGACUCGCGAGAAGUGGACGACUUCCCAUCCAUGGAGAAUCCGCUCGUUGAGCUCGGCAAAAUUGGUCUCAUCUCGGAGCGCGAGCGCUUGUGCCGUGCCUUUGACGUCUACACCAAAGUGGUUGGAAAGUAUAUCCUGCGCGACCUCACAGUAUACGACGACAUUGUCGACGCGUUCUCGGGCAUCCUGACUGUCCUGGAGGAGCACUUUGCCGGUGGCUUCGUGAGCGCGCUCCCCGUUGCAGCGCUCGAUCUUGCGUUGCUCUGGACCCCGGGGCAGAAGAUGCUGAACAGGUCGUAUUAUGGGAACGCCAAAAAGACAGGCAGCCCGCAACCAUAUUUCCCUAGCUGGUCCUGGACCGGGUGGGUGCCGUGGGUCGGACACCCCGCGUACCAUCACAUCUUCGCCAACAUAGAGCCGCAGCUACUUCCUGAGCCCAUGGUCGAUUCGUUCUGCCUUCACCACCAAGGAACACUCCGCACCAUCCCCGCCCGCAGAAGCGCGAGCGUUCUACAUCCCGCCACUCGCCAAACAGGCGUGUCGGGUCCUGAUAUCGGCCCGGAGGUCCUCCAGUUCUGGGCCGACGCCGUCGACGCCGCAGCCUUCCACUUCGCCACGGACAGUGAACUUGGGAUAGUGGAGCCCGAGCGGCUAAGCAGCCGCGAGAGCGUCCACACCGAAACCUCGCACGCCGUCAUCCGCUUGCAGGACCGCGAGGAGCGGCACUGCGGGCUGUGGUACGACAACAAGAACCACAGGCUUGGGUGGGCCGUGGAGCGCGGGAAAAAGAACCCGCGGGUUGAGAUGGUGGCUAUUUCUCGUCUCACGGCCCCCGAGAUCAAGGGGCCGUACCGAGUCGAAGGAGAGAUUGACAUCUUUGACGAGAAACAGUUCCCAAGCGUGGGACCUCAGAGUGGCGUGGUGAAUUGCUUGGUGAUUGAGUGGUAUGAGGAGAUCGCCGCGCGAGUCACGGUGGUUCAGGUGCAUUGGGCAGCCUGGCAACGGGCCAGGCCGAGAAGGAAACAUAUACGGCUCAUUUAG